CACAUCGAGGGCUUCUAAAGCCUGUUUCCCCGGUCAUGCCGUCCUCCUUCUUCCAGUUCAACCCGCUGCGGCUCCGCUCCUACAUCUUCCGCCUGCCCCUAUGCACGCGCGCGCUCAUCUUCGUCAUCGUUGCGCUGUGGGCGCUGUCGAUUCCUAUCAUCUGGUUGAGGGAAUGGGCGGCCCUGAUACCGAAGGAAAUCGGGCUGGCCUCAUUGUACCGGUUGAACACGUUUCCCUUGAUGCACCUCGGGUUUGUGCAUCUGAUAUUCAAUGUCCUCGCUUUAACCCCUUUACUUGAGCGCUUCGAGGCUGAGAAUGGGACACUACCCACCCUCCUCCUUUUCACCGGACCUUUUGGACUCAUCCCAGGAGCCCUAUACACCCUGUUGGAACGAGGUGUCUUUAGAAGCAAUACCACAAUCAUGGGCGCAAGCAUAUGGGUGUUCCUCCUGCUAUCAAGCGAAGCCAUGAAGACUCACAAAGCGAACCCGAACUUCAGUAUUGGACCAUACAAAAUCCCGACCUGGACCACCCCCUUAAUCCUCAUCCUCGUCAUAAGCUUUUUAGUCCCCAACACGAGUUUCCUAGGACAUCUCUGCGGUGCUGGGCUCGGAUACCUAUGGGGCCUGAACUACAUCAAAUUCCUCGUCCCGCCAGAAAAGAUCCUCCGCUGGAUCGAAGCCAAGCUCAACCUCCUAGGUCGCCUCCCUCACUACGUCUCUGUCGACCAGAAAACCUACGGCCGAUACGGCGUCCUGCCUAGUACUUCGACAAUACCGCGGAGUCCAGAAGGCGGAGGAGUCAGACUAGGGCCGUAAAUAAAUCCCAACCACUGUUACAUUAGCAGGAUAUGUAACAAUAUCUCGUCGGCGGUAAUGGGAUUGUAGCUCGGCUGGUGGCGUUUCUGGUGUUUGCGCAAAGGUUUUUGGUUGUAUCAAAAGAGUGGGGUUCCGCAUUUCUAGCGUGUCGCUAGGUUUUAUGGGUUGUAUUGCUACUUGCAUUGGUUGGAGCGUUGGAUUUUUUGUAACAGAUAGAGUGUCUCGUCAUCUUACCUGCCGCACCUUAGUGUUCUUCCAGGUAUCUUUGGAUAUAGCAAAAGUCAGCUAGCUGACGCUGGUCCCUAUGCUAUUGCAUAUACGCAUCACAUGGGCUGAAUGUUUCGAAAUGCUGGAUAUAUAUGCCCGCUUUCUCUUCAUCCUAAUUGUCUUGCUCUUCAGAACAUUCGCCAGGCAAAUUUUGUACUCAAAAAGAAACGGACCGAAGCU